AUGGGCCGCUCGUCCCGCGAACUACACAAGGUGAUCGUGGUCGGCCUCCCGACCACCUCCACCACCGAGGACCUGCUCAAGCUCGUCAAGCCGUACGGCAACGCGCUCGAGGCGGCGCAUGCCGUCGACGCCGAGGGCAAGCCUCGCGGCUUUGCCUUUGUGCGCUUUGCCGACGCGGACGCGCAGCAGGCCGCCAUCGCCGGGCUGGACAAGUCCGACCUGGGAGGCCGGACACUGAACGUGCGCGCAGUCGAGGACCGCAGCGCCGGCGCCGCCUCGGCCGCCGCCAAGGGCAGGCCGUGCUUUGACUUUGCGCGCGGCAAGUGCUCGCGCGGCGCGGCGUGCAAGUGGGCGCACGUCAAGCCACCCGCCGCGGCGAUGCGAGCCACUUUGACGGCCGCGCUGGAGCGCAAGGAGGCGGCGUGGCGAGAGGCGCACCCCGAGGCGGAGGGCGAGCCGGUGCCCGCAGAGGCGCUGCGGCGCGACGUGGCGUGGAGCGCGAUGCGCCGGAUGCUCGAGAGGUGUCCUCGCGAGGUGGUGGGUGAGUAA